AUUCACACUUGUUCCAUGCAGUUUGUUUCAGAUUCAGUUCUAAUUCAAAACCAAAAUGUCAAACAUGGUUUUGGGAUUUGUUGAAAAUAAUCUGGUUAUGGUUUAAAGAGUCUACAUGUUGUAGUUUGGAGCAGUUAGAUAAAAAUCAACCUUUAUUCACGUUUCACAAAUCAGAAAAAGGUUUCACAAAUCCCAAACAUGGUUAUAAAUAUUCUGCUACUAAAGCAGGAUAAUCCAGUCCAGGUUGGAAGAGUUUAGGUGUUGCAGUUUUUAAACUAGAGUCGAUUAAAGAUGCGGAAGGCAGUGGAAAAUUAGGUGGAAUCGCCCUUUAGCCAUGUCCGAAUCGGAAACCAACUUCAGCUUCUUAUUUCAGCCUGAAAGAGGAAAUUCAGACCCAGUAGAACCAGCAACGGGUUUAUUAUUGGAACAUUAUCGGGGUUUGAACGUUAUUUGGUACAUUUAUCUACAGAAACCACCACCAGGUGCUACUAGCGCGAAACUUGAAUCUCCUGAGUUUAAUGCCGUUUCCACGCGGUGAGCUCCGCACAGCGCGCAUGCGCACACAGCAGUCGGUUUCCCGUUAUUGUGCCGACGGAGCGCUAGUUUUAGUUCUUUAGUCUGUUUAAGAGUUUAACUCACCGCUAAAGAAGAUCGCAGCCGAAACGUCUCUGAAAUCUUGACCCGGAUGUAGAAACAGCUUCCGGGUCAGAACUACUUCUUCCGGUGUGUCUGUCUGUGGAAGCAGCUCGUCUGUCAGAUUGACCAGGUGACGGCAACGCGCGGAGUCUGCAGGGGCCGACUGGAGCGAAGAUGCUGCGAAGGAAACCGACCCGAUUGGAGCUGAAGAUCGACGACACCGAGGAAUUCGAGAGCGUUAAAAAGGAGCUGGAGGCCAGGAAACGACAGCGAGAGGAGGCGGGGCCAGGAGCUGGAGUGGGCGGGGCUUCUGUCAUUGGCGUUGAUAUGAUUGGGGGCGGAGCCUCUGCGUCCUCCACAGCUGCUUCGAGGGCGGAGCUUAUCAACGAGCGAAUCGGCUACAAGCCGCACCCCAAGCCGGCGACGCUGCCGACCUUAUUUGGAAGUUUACAGUUUUAAUAAAGUUUGGACAGUUUGAA